AUGCAGAGCCCUUCCAGCCGUCGUUACGAAUUGGCCGCGGUUGCAGCGCUGGUCACCCCUAUGGUGGUCCCGGUUCCGCGGUUGAUUCCUUCGCCAACAAACAAAGUUUCUUCGGAGCAGGCGUCGCGAGCGAUUGAUUCUUCGUGCGUCUGUUUUCCUCCAAGCCCCGUUUCGCGGGUGCAUCCACACACUGUCUGCAGAGACCGCAGCUCUGAAGAGACCGGUGCGGAGCCGGCCAGGAGUGGAGCUGCUCACGGGCAUGCCUUCGCCUGGAAGGAACCCGCUGGACAAGGAGGUUCUCCUCACUUUACUGUUCCUGUUUGCCCGCACCCAGCGGCUUCCACGGCAGACACGAGGGGUGAAUAUGCGGCGGGGAAACUCGCCGAGCGGAGCGUCGUGUCCACGUUCGAGCACUGCGAGUUGCGGGCGGCGAACGGCUCAGCGAGCAGUGCAGCGCCGACUAGCCCAAUGGCGGUCUUGCACGCCACGGGAGAGUAUGCGCCCGCAUGCACGUCUGCGACGUGGUCACAAUGCGCUGCACGCGGUCCGGGUCCUCUGCCAGCAUCCACGAAUAACCGACUGCAAGAGACACUCGGAAAGAACCAGGAGACAGACCCGAGUGUGGCGCGGGUGCCGCGGUCGGCGUGUCCGGAUCCAGCUUUGGAGCAGGCGGACGCGCAAUAUACCACUCGAUUGCUGGUCGAAGGCAAGGUUCCACAUCCUCUGGCAGGCGACCAAAACUGUUCAAUAAAGGGCGGGCUUUCAGCGGUCUCUCGUGUAAAUACCUCGGAGAACCUAUUCGAAGCGUGGUCAAAGAGCGAAGCCAUGACCGACGCAGCCUCAGUCUGUCUCUCUGACUCCAAACAUGCCGCCCAAGGCUUCCCUUGGGACUCCCCCGGCGAACCUGCUGCACUUCCAGCAGGCUACACCUUGCCUGCUUCGUUCUCCCAGUGGCAAGAGAACCCGCCUGCGUCGCCAGGCUGGUUCGCUGCCUCACCAGGGAAUGGCGAGGACGUUUCCGUCUUGCCGAAGCACAGCGGCGCGGACGCGGAAGAGUGUCGCGUGCGCGCUCUUCUCCGAGAGCUUCAACAACUGCAGCUUCAUCCGACUUCGCUUAAACCCCGCGAUGUGGUCUUCAGGUCCUCCUUCACGGAUGGGAUGCGGGGCGAGUUGCAGUACCAGGUGAUCGAAGAAGGGAGUUUCGGGAAAGUGUUUGCAGGUUCUCUGACGCGGCGCCCAGAGCAGAAAGUUGCCAUCAAGGUUCCCGUGGAAGCGAUGCUGAAAGUCGAUCCGGCGGGCGUUAUGGAACGCUUUACGAAUGAAUGGAAAAUUCUAGCUGCAUGCGAGCACCCCGGGAUCGUAGGCCUUGUUGGAGGGGUCGUGCACGGACCUUUCGACGUCUGGGUGGUGACGAACCUUGUGGAGAACGGCCACGACUUACACUCGAGGAAGUACUCCCGCGAUCCGGCGAUUCGGCGGGAGAUCUCGCCGCAGGCCGCGCUCUCAAUGUGUCGUCAACUCGCCUCGAUUGUGGCGUAUCUGCACACGCCGCUGCCAGAAGCCGGCAAGUCCGUCAUCGUCCACCGGGACAUCAAACCGGAAAACGUCAUCGUGAACGACGAGUGGCUUAUUCAACUCUGCGACUUCGGGGACGCCGAAGCCUCUGUCGAUGGCCGCGUGUCGCGGGUUUCUGGAGCGACGUGGUUCUACGCGCCUCCGGAGCUUCUGCAGUCGUCGCCAGUCGAGCGGGCCGCGGGUACCUUCGUAAGUGACCCAGAUACUCACGGCCACGGAGCAGGCGCAGCCGGACAGACUGGCGAACCUGUCUUCAGCGAAAAGUGGGACAUCUGGUCGAUGGGCUGUGUGUUCCACGAAAUGUUCGGGUUCCAAAAUCCCUUCCAUACGUACGUCUCACCGACAGACCCCCCGGAGUCCAUAUAUGAGAAACUGAAGUCCAGAGCUCAGCAGAAUGCACUCGUUCCCGCUAUCGACUCGAGGAUCCAAGGCCUUGCCCGGGAGGUGAUCACGAAAUGCCUCAACCCGAACCCAGAAGACCGGCCAAGUGCAGAGGACGUUUUCCGCAUGUGGGCCAGCGCAGACGACUUGAUUUUGAAGGAUGUCCGACUGGAUGUGUCCGGAAACCUGCUUCAUGAACGUGAAAUCCCGAGCUCUGUGUCAGAGCACCAAGUGCCGAGCGGAGCGGAGGCGAAGGCGGAGGUAGCAGCUCCGGACAGAGGUUCAAAUUUGACCACUCCCCCGGACGCGCGCUAUCCCGCUUCGGCACCCGAUUUUUUUCGCCAGCUGCAACCGUUCUCUGGUGGGACUGAGCCUGGCCUCGCGCCGGAUGAGCGGCGAUUUGGGGGAGACCCCGCAAUGGAGAGUGCGCAACUCAUUCAAGGUUCCAGGCUGUCUCUCGCCUACGGUGACGCACUUUCUGCGGGAACCGGUUUGCCUAUGGGUUCUUGCGGGGCACUUUCAACUGACUGCAAAUCCCGUUCUGCCGUAGGUCCAGAGUCGCGUGCACGCCUCAUUGCGGCUCCAGUGGAGAAUCUCCUGUCUUGUGGGCGACAGACAGUCGCCGCGGAAAGGUGGUCCCUUUCGUGUGCACCCCCUCCCUUUCACCGGGGUUCUUCCGAGAGCCACCAACAGCGCCUCAGGGAUUCAGCGGAGCCAAGAAACUUUGGAUUCGAACCCGCAGCCCCAGUUGGGCCGGAGGGACACAUCCAACACACGCAAGGGAAACGAGCUCCCGUGGAUGUGGUAACCCCCGGGGUAGUUGGCGAGGAAGGACCGAGAGCCGCGAUGAACGUAGAUUCGUACGCAACAUCGUGUGCAGGUGAUCAAGGGUAUGCUCGGUGGGGAGUGAAAACCACCGGGGGACAGAGACCGAUUCUCGGUUCUGGCCCGGGUGGGGCGAGAGUGCGAAGCGUGGGAGUCGGAGGGGACGGUUUCGUCAGUGUGCCGAAUCUCGCUGUCGUGUCAGCGGCAUCAGGUGAUUUCGUAUGCUGA